CAGGUCGUCGGGCCCCCGGCGGAGCGGCGGGCUCGCGGACCCCCCAGGCAGAGCGAUCAGGUCUCGGGCCCCAGGCGCGAGCGGACGGGCGCCGGACCCCCAGGGCGGAGCGACAGGUCUUCGGGCCCCCAGCGGAGGAGGCGGGCCGCCAGGACCCCCAGGCGGAGCGACAGGUUUCGGGCCCCCAGGCGGAGCGGCGGGCAACCGAGUCACCAGGCCCAAACCAGUGGGCUCGAGUCAACUGGCAUGACCGCUGGCACUGGGUCAGAUCAUUGGAUCGUCUGGCUUGACAGCGGGCAUCGGGUCACCAGGCAUAGGUCAUUUGGCUCGACAGCGGCACCGCGUCCAUCUGGCAAGGCAGUGGGUCUCCGAGUCAACUGGCAUGACUGCGGGCACUGGGUCAGACAUUGGAUCGUCUGGCUGGACAGCGGGCAUCGGGUCACCAGGCAUCAGGUCAUUUUGGCUCGA